GAUUUUUGGAGCUAUAUGGAGCGAUCUCAGGAUGGUGUGCACCAGGAAAACCAAAACUUUAGUGUCCACUUGCGUGAUUUUGAGUGGAAUGACUAACAUCGUUUGCCUGCUGUACGUGGGCUGGGUCACCAACUACAUUGCCAGUGUUUAUGUGAAAGUGCAGGAGCCGAUCUCGGAAAAAAAGUUAGAGGAAGACAAAGGGGACACUUUAAGGAUUAUAGAAAGGCUGGACCAUUUGGAAAAUGUCAUCAAGCAGCACAUACAAGAAGCUCCACCAAAACUGGAAGAAAAUCCUGCUGAGGCAUUUACCGACUCGUCUCUCUUUGCUCACUGGGGCCAGGAUCUCAGUCCUGAAAACAGACGUAUUGCACUUAAACAAUUUCAGUAUUAUGGCUACAAUGCUUACCUGAGUGAUCGCCUGCCACUGGACAGGCCCCUGCCUGACCUUAGACCUAAUGGGUGCAGAAACCUAACAUUUCCUGACAGACUUCCAGAAGUCAGCAUUGUAUUCAUAUUUGUUAAUGAAGCGCUCUCAGUGAUUCUGCGCUCUAUUCAUUCUGCCAUUGACCGGACUCCUGCUCACCUGCUCAAAGAGAUUAUUUUAGUUGAUGAUAACAGUAAUAAUGAAGAACUCAAGGAGAAACUAAAGAAGUAUGUUGAUGAAGUGAAUGCUCGGAAGCCUGGUUUCAUCAAGGUUGUUCGACACAGCAAACAAGAGGGGCUGAUUCGAUCUCGAGUCAGUGGAUGGAGAGUAGCCACAGCACCAGUAGUUGCUCUCUUUGAUGCCCAUGUGGAGUUCAAUGUGGGAUGGGCUGAACCAGUGCUCACUAGGAUAAAGGAAAACAGAAAAAGGGUCAUUUCUCCAUCAUUUGAUAACAUUAAGUAUGAUAAUUUCGAAAUAGAAGAAUAUCCCCUUUCAGCUCAAGGGUUUGACUGGGAGCUAUGGUGCCGCUAUCUGAACCCUCCUAGGUCAUGGUGGAAACUGGAGAACACAACUGCUCCAAUAAGAAGUCCUGCAUUGAUUGGGUGCUUCAUAGUAGACAGAGAAUAUUUCCAAGAGAUUGGCUUACUAGAUGAAGGCAUGGAAGUAUAUGGAGGGGAGAACGUGGAGCUUGGAAUCAGGGUGUGGCAGUGUGGUGGGAGUGUUGAAGUUCUACCUUGCUCAAGGAUUGCCCACAUUGAAAGAGCACAUAAACCAUACACAGAAGAUCUAACUGCUCAUGUCCGGAGAAAUGCACUAAGGGUGGCUGAAGUCUGGAUGGAUGAAUUUAAGAGCCAUGUCUACAUGGCAUGGAACAUACCUCAAGAGGACUCUGGAAUUGAUAUUGGUGAUAUUUCUGAGAGGAAGGCCCUGCGGAAGAAACUCCAGUGCAAGACCUUUAGGUGGUAUCUUGUCAGUGUGUAUCCAGAAAUGAGAAUGUAUUCAGAUACUGUUGCCUAUGGGGUGCUGCAGAAUUCCUUGAAAAGUGAUUUGUGCCUUGAUCAAGGGCCAGACACAGAGAAUAUCCCAAUCAUGUAUAUCUGCCAUGGAAUGACACCACAGAAUGUUUAUUACACAAGCAAUCAGCAGCUCCAUGUGGGUGUUCUGAGUCCCACUAUUGACGAUGAUGACAACAGAUGCCUGGUGGAUGUGAACAGCAGGCCCAGGCUCAUUGAAUGCAAUUAUGCCAAAGCCAAGAGAAUGAAGCUUUACUGGCAGUUUACUCAGGUAAUCCUAGCUAUCAGAAGAUCAUCAAUGCAAGUACAGCAUCGUCUGGAUUUGUUGUCAAUAUUUUCAGACAACAUUUUCAUCGACAAAUUCUACAUCUAGCUGUAAUUGUAAGGCUUAGAUAUGGAUGAAAGAUUCUCAUUUUAAAUUCCUCAUUUUUAUUUUUUAAACAGGAACAUAUUGAUUAAUCAAUGAUAACCUAUAUUAUCUGUUUCUGCCAAUGUUUUUCCUGGAAUGUCAGAAACAUUUUCCCUCUACUACUGAUACAAAAAGGAUUCAUUUUUACUUUCUGAAAAAUCCCUAAUGGUCUUUUCAGUCUGUAUAAUGUAUUCUACUCCAACGUCUGCUUCAAUUUUCUUGGUUUUAUCACCAUUUUCUGUAGUGAAAUGCAUUUUGAGUUAUCAUAUCCUAAAGAGCUUCUUUGCAUUUCAGUCAAGGUGUGGAUGUAUUUAUCUGUGAGUUAUUAUUUUCUUAAUCUUGUUAUUAACAAUGGAUCUUUGUAAUCUGGUGUGAUGAAGCUAGAUAUAUGCAUGCAAAAUAUUACUGACAGGCUUAAAUCCAUACAUUCUGUUUCUGAUUUUUAUGCUGUUAUUCUGUAAUUUGUUUUCCAUUCCAAUUACAUUCUCUGUGAGACACUGUAAGACAUUUCCUACUACCAGAUUUAAUUGCUCUUAUUUAAAUACUUUAAUUAACAGGAUUGUGCAUUUCCACAUUGUGUAGAUUUAAUACACAUUUAAAUAGCUGACCUAGAGUGUUUUAUGUUCAUGUAGCCUAUCUAGAUUAAGCAAAAACAAUAAAUGAUUGCACAGACCAUUGGUUACUAAAAACCAGUUUGGAUGUGCAGAUAAAGCUGCAUCAUUUGAUGUGUUACAACCGCAGUAGUAAAGAUUUAUUACAGCAGUAUGAAAAUUUAGCAUUUAUGAUUAUAUGAAAUCUGAACAGCUAGAAGUCUCAGUAGUAAAAUGUGACAAAAUGUGAUGUAAAUUGAUUAAAUUGUUGUACCUGUUGAAUGAUGCAUCUAAUUCCAUUGUCAGAGGAUACUUCACAGUAUUUACUCCUUGGGUACCAGUAAGUAGAUCUAAGAUCAGUGCUCGGAUGGCUGCCUGAGUAUGAGGAGAGGGGUACACACAGAGCCUGAGUGCUGGAGGAGGAGGAAAAAAAUAUUUUUCAUUUAAAAAUUGCUUGGACAAUCCCUGUUACAACUCCACCUAAAUUUAUGAGAUUAUAUGCAACAAUAAUUUUGAUUAGGACUGAAAAAAUAAAUUCACAUUUAAAAACA